AAUAUCCAAAAGAUAUCUAUAUUCCAAAAAAUUUCUCUAUUCCUCCCGAGAAUGUCUUUAAAUUUGUAGUAUAUACUGGUGGAAUUUUCUGGUAUACAUGCACCAAUGAUGGUUGGACAUCUGGAUUCGCAACUGAUUAUCGUGAUUUAUAUUUUAAUAACGAAGAAGAUCUUGCCAAAUAUCCUAGUUCACCUGUGGCUGCAGUGUAUCUAGAAGGCAUUGUUAGGUCUCUUAUUCCCAAAUAUGAUACUUCAACAAUUUCCCUAAAUCAGCUUUGUGUCGCUCCCUCACUUGAUCCAAAGAAAAAUUAUGAAAAUAAGCUUUUCAAAAUUACUGGUACCAAAGGAAAAGGGGCAUUUUCAGAUAUUACUUAUCUCAUGCUUCUAAAUACUAAGGGCGGAGUUACACCAGAUGCACAAU